AUGGCGACUGGGUUCCUAGUCUCCUUCGGCUCGAUGAUCAGGAAAGAAAGGCAUAGAGCAGGAGCACCUCCGGAUCGGGCUAAGAGCAGGCAGCAGCAACACAUGAGAGGCAGUUUCAUCGUCCUGUUAGGCAAAAAGUCUUUCAUGGUAAGAUCCAAUGCAGUCUUCCUUAGUGGUCCCCAGCUGGAGUUUCAUUUCUGGUCUUCCAGACUUGCUUUCAUCAACGAUGUUGGUGUUGGGGCGAAGGAGACAAAGGGAAGGAAAGAGAAUGUCCGGUCCGAACAACAUGCUAUUCUUCGAAUUCUACUCGCGGCAGCUGGCUGGGAAUACAAACCCAAUACGCUCGAGCAGCGGCUUAACCAGUUGACUGAGCGGGGAAAGAAUUCCUCUUUUCGAAAGCUCAUCCAUUCCCGUCUAUUAAAAAGCGUACUUGUAGGGCAAGAUACAAUUACCCGCAAGCGCCUCACAUGCGACGAAUGGACCUUAGCCACGAGUUGUCCGGCCGGCCUAGACGCUGAUAACGCGAAGACACCUGGGGAAGAUCGGCUAAAAAGGUCAGUCGACCACCCGGCGUGUCCCGGGGCGAGAAGCCACGCUUUGCUGUUGAUGGUCAUUUCGAAAAAGAAGGCCGGCCAGCCCACGGAGCUGCUUCUCCUUUUCGCCUCCGCAGGCGUCCAUUCCAAAUCCAAACAAAAUAGUAGGAGUUCAGUAGCUACACCGGCUACGAAGCUAACUGACCGAAGCGAAGUGAGGGAAUUAGCGCUUUACUGCAGUGUACGGUAUUGGGGGAUAAAUCCCAGCUUAUUUGGGUCUGAAAAGGAAGGGCUCAGAUGUUUCGUCAGCUCUAGGGAAUUUACCGGUAUCUGCAAGUCAAUAGAUCAGGAGCUCGGGGAUUUCCUGGAUUCAGGUGCUGGGAAUUCACCCUUUGGAUGCCGGCAAGUAAAGAGGGAAAGGGUAUCCGGAUUGGGGAAGUGCUGCCAAGCCAGUAAAGUCAAGGAACCCGGCACUGCUAACCACUUGCCUGCUCUUCCACUUCUACUCGCUUUCCAUCUUCCGACCCCACGCUAUCUCUUCUUUUCCCUUGCCUUGCCAGUUGACGACCCAGGGAAACUUCAGAGCCCAUUCCUGCCUUGUUUGUAUCCGAGCUUCUCUUCUGAGUUCUGUCUUAGCUCUUCGAUCGAAGGACUCCUUAAUUAA